AUAGUAGGAGGCAGUUUCUGUGCAACAAACGUUCUCUUCUUGUUUCUCGUUUCGACUCUCUUCGUCGUCCUCCCCACUCUGUAAGCUCCGUACGGUUUAUUUUGUUCAGACCUCAAGAGCUACUUCUGUAAAUCCACAUGAUUAUGCAGCCCAGUAGCAGCGAAAUGCAACAGGGAAUCAACUCUUCCUCCUCCUCCUCCAUGAAUUCUUCUCAAAUUCCCCUUCAUGACCAGAUCCAACAACCUGACCUUCAUGACGAUUUUCUCGACCAAAUGCUCUCCAACCUUCCUUCUUGCUCCUGGCCUGACCUCAACCCGAAGCCCUUCUGGGACCACCAGCUCAAUCCCUCCGAUGACAACCACAAUAAUGCCACGUUCCCCUACGAAGACAAGUUUCGCAACCUCCAGAUCCCUUCCGCCUCCACUCCGCCUCCUAAGUCCGCCGCCGCCGAGGCCGUCGCCUUGAUGCUUCAGCGCCAGCUUCUCAUGUCCAGAGGUGUUGCCGGUGGAGGCGCCGCCGACUCUGGCCUGCUCCAGAUGCCCUUGUCUCUCGGCGGAGGAGGAAACUUCGAGCCUUCCCGUAACGACGUGGUUGACGGUUCCUCCUUCAAAUCUCACGUUCCGGCCGGCGACGGUAACGUCCAAUCUCUGUACAACGGAUUCGCCGGAUCUAUGCACGACGCUCAUCAAGCUUCCAACCAAACUCAACAUUUCCAUCAUCCUCAGGGGCAGAAUUAUGGACCUUCAGGAGCGCCAGCGGCGAACCAGGCCCCGCAGAACGGAGCUCCGGCGCAGCCAAAGCAGAGGGUUAGGGCGAGGAGGGGUCAAGCGACGGACCCACACAGCAUCGCUGAGAGGUUACGAAGGGAGAGAAUCGCAGAGAGAAUGAAGGCCCUGCAGGAACUGGUUCCCAAUGCCAACAAGACAGAUAAGGCUUCAAUGCUGGACGAGAUAAUAGAUUAUGUCAAGUUCUUGCAGCUCCAAGUGAAGGUUCUGAGCAUGAGCAGAUUGGGCGGUGCUGCCGCUGUUGCUCCUCUUGUUGCUGAUAUAUCCUCUGAGGGAGGAGGUGACUGCAUCCAAGCCACCGCCGCACGCAACAACUCCAACUCCAACGGCAACCAAACGGCGUCGUCCUCCAACGACACCUUGGCCAUGACGGAGCACCAGGUGGCCAAGCUCAUGGAGGAAGACAUGGGCUCCGCCAUGCAGUAUCUUCAGGGGAAAGGUCUCUGCCUCAUGCCCAUCUCCCUCGCUACGGCCAUCUCCACCGCCACCUGUCCCUCGCGGAACCCCUUGGCCCCGGCCGCCGCCGCCAACCAGCACCCGGGCUUGGCGUCCAACGGCAACGGAGGGGAAGGGCCGUCUUCUCCCAGCAUGUCAGUGUUGACCGUCCAAUCCGCCACCGCAGUUAACGACGGCGCCGUUAAAGACGCCGCCUCCGUUUCGAAGCCGUGAAGGAUGUUCAAUGAUGCCUUCCGUUCGCUGACUUUGGCUCAAAGGCAAGGCCAGAAAGCACCAAAAGAUAAGAAAAUGACGUGGAUUCUCUUUUGAAGAAUGUGGGCCCCAAUCUGAAGUCUACGGAAAUAAGACGUCACUCAGCGCGUGAGGAGACCUCAGACGACGCCGUAUUUGCGUAGACUUUGGCAUAUGCUAACUUUUAGACCAGCCAAUCGCAUCUCUCCAACACUACUGUCUCUGUCUAUUAAUAUUUUUUCCCUUAUGUUUCUGGCUAUGGCUUUUGGUUCGCUGAUUUUUUUUUCCUAGUCGUAGUAUUUUAAAAUUACAAGUGGGGCUGUGUACAAUCUAUUGAUUUCAUGAUGAUUAUGAAACCAUUAAUUAAUUAAA